UGUGGAUCCUGGAAGAGAUUUGGGGAUAUAAAAUGAAGGAACUCUGGCAUGCAGCACUUUUGAGUUCAUAUUAUGAAAGUCAUCAGCUUCAUGCAACAUUAAUUAGACUCAUAGUGUAUUCUAAUCACUCGAAAACAAGCGAGAGCGUUUGUGUCUCACUGCAACCUCAAAAUAAUUCCUCACCCGGUCUCUUUGGCACUUCUGUCUGUAGCGCGAACCUCACAGCGCAGCCAUGGCCGGCGACGAUCAGCGGGCGCUACAGUAUGAACAAACUUUGAUGUAUGGUCGCUACACACAGGAGCUGGGGGUGUAUGCUAAAGAAGAGGCAGCUCGCCUGAGGGAAGAGGGGGGACGGAGGCGCUCGGUCACAGAACGCUCACGCUCCCUGGAACUCCUUGAGUACGACAAGGGCCGCUGCGCCAAGUGUCGCAGGUCAGGGUAUCCCUACACUCAGGCUCCACCCCGGGACUUUCUGUCUGUCUGUACAUUGCGCUGUCAGAAGUUCCUCAUCUCUCGUGUUGGUGAAGACUGGAUCUUCCUCAUCCUUCUCGGUCUACUCAUGGCUCUGGUCAGCUGGGUGGUUGACUUCGCUAUCGCCAUCUGUCUACAAGCACAGAAGUGGAUGUACGGAGGCCUGGAGAGUAAUGUGUUUCUCCAAUACCUGGCCUGGGUCACCUACCCUGUGGUGCUCAUCACCUUCUCAGCUGGCUUCACACAGAUACUGGCCCCACAGGCCGUAGGUUCAGGUAUCCCAGAGAUGAAGACCAUUCUGAGGGGUGUAGUGCUGAAAGAAUACCUCACCUUUAAAACCUUUGUGGCCAAAGUGAUCGGCCUCACCUGUGCCCUGGGCAGUGGCAUGCCUCUGGGAAAGGAGGGUCCGUUUGUUCACAUUGCCAGUCUGUGUGCUGCACUCCUCAGCAAGUUCAUGUCUCUGUUUGGUGGAAUCUACGAGAAUGAGUCGAGGAACAUUGAGAUGUUGGCAGCUGCUUGUGCUGUGGGGGUCGGCUGCUGUUUCGCUGCCCCUAUUGGAGGUGUGCUGUUCAGUAUUGAGGUAACAUCUACGUUCUUUGCGGUGAGGAAUUACUGGAGAGGGUUCUUCGCUGCUACCUUCAGUGCCUUCAUCUUCAGAGUCCUGGCUGUGUGGAAUAAAGACGAGGAGACCAUCACAGCUCUGUUUAAAACCCGUUUCCGUCUGGACUUCCCCUUUGACCUCCAGGAGCUCCCAGCCUUCGCUGUCAUUGGUAUUGCCAGUGGUUUUGGCGGUGCAUUGUUUGUCUACCUGAACAGACUGAUAGUCCAGUUCAUCAGAAAACAGAAGACCAUCAACAAGUUCCUCAUGAAGAAGCGUCUGCUGUAUCCAGCCCUGGUCACUCUGCUGGUGUCUACGCUAACAUUUCCCCCCGGCUUCGGACAGUUCAUGGCAGGCAAGCUGACCCAGAAGGAGUCCCUGGUGACGUUGCUAGACAACCGGACAUGGGCCAAGCAGGGCAUAGCCGAGGGGUUUGACUACAUCGGCAACUCCCAGGCCUGGAAUCACCCCCAGGUCAAUGUCUUUGUCACCCUCGUCCUCUUCAUCGUAAUGAAGUUCUGGAUGUCUGCUCUGGCCACCACCAUUCCUGUGCCAUGUGGAGCCUUCAUGCCCGUCUUCGUCAUUGGGGCAGCGUUUGGCCGUCUGGUCGGGGAGAGCAUGGCUGCCUGGUUCCCUGAUGGCAUCCACUCUGAUGGCACCAUCUACCCCAUAGUGCCAGGAGGGUAUGCCGUUGUGGGUGCGGCAGCCCUGUCUGGAGCGGUGACCCACACGGUAUCGACAGCGGUCAUUGUGUUUGAGCUGACGGGUCAGAUCAGCCACAUCCUGCCGGUGAUGAUAGCGGUAAUACUGGCCAACGCCGUGGCCCAGUCCCUCCAGCCCUCGCUAUAUGACUCCAUCAUCAGGAUCAAGAAACUACCCUACCUCCCUGAGCUGGGCUGGGGACACCACGAGAAGUAUAAUAUUCGUGUGGAGGACAUCAUGAUCAGGGAUGUGACCUACAUCACCCUCAACUGCUGCUACAGAGACCUGCAUGAUGUACUGCUGGCUGGACACCUCAAGACCCUGGCCCUGCUCGAGUCCAGUGAGUCGAUGAUCCUGCUGGGUUCUAUUGAGCGUGCCCAGCUCCAGGCCCUCCUGUCCCUACAGCUGGGCCGGCCACGGAGACUGGAGUACCUGAGAGACCGGGCUACUGCUGAGAAGAAGCGCUUGUCGAUGAUCUCCCAUCCGGGCAGCGAGGACGGCUCCCAGAGGGUUAACCAGGAGGUCCGGUUCCAGAUCUCGACAGAGGAGUCUACCUUCAGUCCCACCCCUACCCCCUCUAUGAAGCCACUGAAGCCAGCCCUGAAGAGACCCUCUGUGGUGGAUCGCCCCACUGGGAUACCCAUACCCACAAGUCCACAGGACCACUCUAGCAGCACCUUAAAGAAUCUCUUCUGUGUCAACCCUGAGACAGAAGGCCUGGAGAACAAGAAUGUCAACAUCAACAUAGAGGGCACUGCGACUCCUGAGUUUAGGAGUCCACCCAAGCGUGUCCGGAUAUCCGUCGUGGAUGACUUCGAUGUGGAUGAUGACAUGACCAUCAGAGAGAUUGCAGAGUGGGAGGAGAACCAGCUUGACGAGCAGGUGAACUUUGACAACUGCAAGAUCGACCCUGCCCCCUUCCAACUGGUGGAGCGCACCUCACUGCAUAAGACCCACACCAUCUUCUCUCUGCUUGGGUUGGACCAUGCCUAUGUCACCAGCAUUGGACGACUCAUCGGAGUGGUGUCCCUCAAAGAGUUGCGGAAGGCCAUCGAGGGCUCUGUGGCGGUAAAGGGGGUGAAGGUGCGCCCCCCUCUGUCCAGUUUCCGGGACAGCGGCACCAGCGGAACCAGCAGCAGCAAUAGUGAGAACGAAGCCACAGAGCUCCACAAGCUGUGGGACCGUCACAAGUCCAUGUCCCUCCCCCGGGAGCACCUGACCUCCGACUCUGAUGAGAAGUCCCAGUGAGGGGGAUGGGGACAGGGGGAUGGGAUGGUGACGGGUGUGUUGGAGGGUAGAGGAGUAUGAGGAGCGUAGACCCCCCGCCCCACCUCAAAACCACAACCGAUGCUGCAACCUCAGGGCUUGGAUCAAUACUAAAUUCUGGAAAAUAAAGUUCUCUCCUCCUCCUCUCCUAACCUUCCUUUCCAUCCCUCUCUCCUUUACCCCUCAUCCCAGUGGGCUUUAGGGCCCUGCACUUACUCAACUCUUGAGGCUGAGGGAUGGACUCUGCUCUCGCCCCAACCAGAACAGAAGAAAUCUGGGUGUUAGGGAGGGGAGAGGAGUGUCACUGCUUAACAAAUGUGGUCAGAACAAAAUGUAUAGAAUGUGGUUUGACUAUAAAAGGGAUUGCAUUGUUAUUCUUUUUUAUAGCAACUUGGGUAUUGGUGAGGAAAUGUUCAAAGUUUGUUUUCAUUUUGUGGACCUGUAAACAUUUCUUUCUGACCAGUCUUCCAUAUACAGACGGUUCUACGGCUCUGUCCUAUUUUGUUCCCGUCUGGUUGAGUGACCUGGAACUGGAAAUAAGUAUGGAGGUAGCCUAGCGUUUAGAGCGUUGGGCUAGUAACCGAAACGUUGCUGGUUCAAAUACCUGAGUCGACAGGGUGAAACAUCUGUCUGUGCCCUUGAGAAAGACACUUAACCCUACUUUUCUCCAGGGGUACUGUACUACUAUGGCUGACCCAGUAAAACAACACAUUUCACUCUACCUAUCCAGUAUAUGGGACGAUGCAACAGCUAUAUUUAUGUUUUAUUUUUUGUCCUUGCCUCUGUAGAAAGAACCACCUACUGUUCUGGUCUCACAAAUUCUUCACCUCUCUCUCUCUCUCUCUCUCUCUCUCUCUCUCUCUCUCUCUCUCUCUCUCUCUCUCUCUCUCUCUCUCUCUCUCUCUCUCUCUCUCUCUCUCUCUCUCUCUCUCUCUCUCUCUCUCUCUCUCUCUCUCUCUCUCUCUCUCUCUCUCUCUCUCUCUCUCUCUCUCUCUCUCUCUCUCUACUUUUUUCUGGGUUGCAUUUGUGAGUGAGUCUGGGUGAGAGAAUAGUCUACUCUAUGCAAACAGAUGUGCAGCAUGCAUGUAGGAAUUUUGUAGAAUGGUGAACGCAUGUGUGCUAUUAACUCCUUUAAGAAAACACGGCUUCAAACACACGCACACACACAUACACACACAGGUUUUAAUAAGAGCCAGUCUGCACACUCCAAGAGAAGAGGGUUUUCUCUAAAUAUAGCUCUUAAUAACCCUGACUGAGUGUGUUGGGCUAGGGAGGGAGGGAGGAAGAGAGGAAGAAGGAACGGGGGAAGAGAGAGUGAAUGGACGGCUGAAAGAUGACAGGAUGAAAGCUUUUCAGUUAUCUAAUCUCCUGCUUUAGGGUGUUUUUCUUCAAUCAAACCCAGGGUAGCUUUCUGGUUGGCCAACUUCACAUCCCCGCUGUAUAUGCCUAUUGUCCAGUAACACUAUGGUGAUCAGAGUAGGGUCAGACCCAGACCACAUAUAGCCAGUUUGAUUAAUGCUGUAAGGUAGCCAACUGACUAAAACUAGAUAUCUGAACUAACUGUCCAAUGACAAACACUAUAGCCCAUGCAUACUGACCAAUAAGAAACCGUCAGCAUUAUAGAUCAGUGUUCUAUACAUAACCAAUGACAAAGCACUCCAUUCCUACUACAGUAUGACUUAUCAAUAGGCCUACUGAUGUAUAGCGCAGCCUAGAGAAGGUCUAGUUAGAUGGUUAGGAGUCUGACCUCUGUGCUUUUUACUUAUUCAUGUAUUUUCCUCACGACUGUCUCUGGCUUAAUGUGCUGCAUGGUUUCCUUAGUCAUUUGAAUGUAUUUAACUUUUAAUUAUGUUUCGCUUGGUGAUAGAAGCUCCAUACUGCACAAGCCCAGUGUGCAGCUUCCAAUCAGAUCUCACACACUCCCUCACUGAAUUGUGGGUCAAUAUAUAUAUAUAUUUUGUUAGUAUGGCCACUAAUUUUCUUUCCGUCUUUCUUGCUCUUUCGCUCUCUCUCUCUGAUGAUUAUCAGGCAGGGGUCAUUUUGUGUCGUCUUUCUUUCUCUCUUCUUUGUAAUGUUUGCACUGAAAGGCCUGAUGCCUCUGAAAAGGACUGAGCAGAGUCACUUCCUGUGUCAGACACUCCUUCCACCUGCAGUUGUUGUUAUUUUGAUUUUACUGCUGUUUUCUGCCAGUGACGUCAAGAUUUCUGCUCACAUAUGCAAGUCGAGUGCAUCUGGCUGGUUAUACACAUUCAGGUGCCUUAUUCAGUGCCACAUUGAACAAAGUACACACACACACUGACAUUUCAACCACCUGGAUGUGUUAUUGCAUGAAAAGGUUUUAUUUUCAGUGGUGAGUUAUUGCCUUGUUCACUGCCACUGAAAAUAAAAGACACGCACUAACCUCUUCAGACUGACAUGCCCAUCCUCACAUGCAGGGACACUCACACACCUUGAGUGACAGCAUGGCUUUGCAUGAAGGAGUGCAUGUGACUUUGAAGGCUGUGUUUUUAUAUUGUUAGAAUUAUGACCAGAAAAAGAUAGAAAAUAUGAGGAGAAAUAUGCUCUUGUGUAAAUCAUUUUAAUGGACAAUGUCAUGAUGAUGAUGAUGGCUAUUUGUUGUUUUUAUCCUCCUUUAUUUGGUAUUUUCUCAUUGAAUUCAUUUGGAUCUAGGUUUGAUUGGCAUCAUGCAUUCAUACAAUGAGCUUUAUUCAUGACUUAUUUUGGGAAAGGGGACAGAGCUUUUUGGGGAGGCGUGAAUUUAAAACUUUGCUAUAGGUUUACAGAUUUAAUAUAUUUAACAUAUCAUGGCUGUAAUAUAUGAUCAUUACAAUCUAUCAAGUUGCUCUUCCUGCAACUCCUUUUGAGUUUUUGUUGCAUAUUGCUCUUCCAUGUCUGAUUGUUAUUAAAAGGUCCAAUGCUCAAUGUUUUUCCAGCCUUGCAGCAUGUCCCCAACAUUUCUACAUGGUUAUAUAUGUCAUUUGUAUGAUGCAAGUAACACUAUAACACUAGCAGAAUGAGACCCACUCUCUGAAGUAGCAGGAACAUUUAAGGAAUGUUAAAAUCAUUUUUAAAGGACCCAUGGGUGUUCUAAUGCCCUGUGGUCCGUAUGACAUCAUCAUUUCACAAGUGCCUACAUCAUCUCAGGCCUCUGCAUGGUAACAGGAGUAGGAUAGGUUCUCUCUGUAAAUUAAUGUGAUACGUUUAAGGGAUAGUAAUGUCUACCCAUGUCUCUGCAUUUGAUAGUAGUCAUUCAUACACACACACACUAAAGACGUAUACACAGACAGAGGAGGAGGAUAAUGUGUCCGUGCAGUGUGCAAUUAUCCCUAAUCACCACGGCAACUCGCUGUGUUCAUUCCCCAAGCUAGCUGAAGGGACCAGUGAAAAUACACACUUUUGAUUUGCUUUAGUUUUCAUUAUUUUGUGUUUCUCUGAAGUCACUCUCCUUAUUUUCCCUGUACUUUCUUUAUGACAUCUCAUUUGCUACCAGAUAGAUAUAGUAGGGCAGGUACAUAUUUAUUAAUAGGUUAAUCAAAAUAGAAGAAGAAUCUGUGAUUUGUUUUUUAUUAUUUCUAUUUUAAUGAUUAGGUAAUCAACUUGUGCAAUAACGAUUGUUCAUCUCACUUUCUAACCAGAUUUUAAUCUAUGACUUGACAUGAAUGCGAGAACCUUAUUUUUGUAAAGAAAUUGAAAACUGUAAAACAAUAUGUAUGUAUAAGAGGGAAACUAAUGAACACACAGGUGUGCGUGUGUAGACCUAAGGAAAGAAGGAUGGUGUGUGUGUGUGUGGGAUGACACACACACAAUGUCUGUUUGGUCCCAGGCCAUUUCUGGAUUCUGCUGCUUGUACUGUAGCUGUCUGACUCGGGACUGUAUGAUGUGUUAAAAUCCCAUUACGGAAACACAUUGGGGUCAAACCAGACAGAGCUUAACAAGUCCAGUGCUAUUUUUCACAAGAACAAAUAAAACAAUGUUUUGUAUAUCAGGGAUGAAUAAAGAGAUUUUAACAAAUGGCA